ACAACAAGAACUAGACAUAAGAUGUUGGAUUGUUUGAUUCAGUUCCUCAAAUAUUGGCCGUACAAGAGAGCUUUUCACGUCUUUGCAAUCCUUGUCGUAGAAAUAGUUUUUAUUAUUAUUUUUGGAUUGUACGGCAGGUACCCGCCUGAGCUAAAAUCUGAAAAAUUCAACGCACUUUUCCCGAUCUUUGCAGAUGUGCACGUUAUGAUCUAUCUUGGUAUUGGAUUCAUCCUAACUUUUCUUCGAAAAUACAGUUUAAGCGCAGUUACGCUUUGUCUUCUUAUUGGAUCUAUCUCUCUUCAAUGGUAUAUAAUUUCUGCAGGUUUAUUAAACUACAUGAGCGGCGUGACAACUGAAUUCUCCGUAACAGUCGACACCACUAAUCUUCUUUUCGGAGACUUUGCUGCAGCUACCGUUCUAAUCUCCUUCUGUGUAGUUAUGGGGAAAGUGACAGUGCUUCAACUCCUUAUCAUGACAUUAGCGGAGGUACUGCUUUAUGUCGGUAACGAGUACAUUGGAAGAUCUCUUCUUUUUGGGUUUGAUGUUGGAGCAACCAUAUUCUUACAUCUGUUUGCAAUAGUAUUUGGUCUAUCUGUUAGCAGGAUGCUAUAUAUAGAAGAUGUUGAUGAAAGUAAACUAAGUACAUCUACAGAAUCUAAUCUAUUCUCUUUGCUUGGAACUCUAAUUCUGUGGAUAUAUUGGCCAUCCUUUAUGGCCAGUGGAGCUAUUCCAGGUCCACCACAAGAAAGAUCAAUGUCUAACACCUACCUUGCAUUAACUGGAUCGGUAAUGGGUGCACUCUGUAUGUCUUCCCUGACACACGAAAAUGGAAAAAUUCGAAUAGAGCAUGUACAGAAUGCAGUUCUAGCUGGUGGAGUGGCAGUAGGUGCAACGGCAGAUCUAAUAGUUUGGCCUUUUCUGAGUAUACUGAUUGGGUUGGUGGCUGGAAUACUCUCAACUUGUGGAUUUGUUUUCACUCCAACAUUUAUUCAUAAAAAACUUAAGAUACAUGAUUCUUGCGCAGCAUUCAGUCUUCAUGCUAUACCUGCCCUUCUUGGGUCCCUUGUAUCCAUCAUCAUUCCUUGCUUUCUUAAUCAGCAAAAUCUAGGAGGAAAUUAUCCUGAACUUCUUCCGGCUGUUGCUCAGGGUAGAAGUAGGGCUGGUCAAUCCAUUGCUCAGGUGGCUGCUGUACUCACUACUAUAGCAACAGCUACAGUUGGAGGGUUGAUUACUGGAGGAGUAAUGAGAUUGAUUGGAAGUCUGCAACUUGACGGAAAUGUUCUUCUUCCAAUAGCUGAUAUUUUGGAUGACGAAUACAAUAUCCAUAUUGAAGCCACCGACCUUCCUCCGAUACAUAUUCAUAACCAGAGAAGACCCAGUCGAGCAUUUUUCAGCAGGGCCAGCUUUUCACAGUUUCGAAACAACUUUGCUGACAUGUCAAAUAUAUCUGAGAGUGAGAGUUUGCCACCACCUCCAACCCAGUUUAAUUCAGAAACUGGAGAAGAAAUUACUGGUUUAAAGGAUGCCAGUACCUCACCCACCUGUAACAGAAGACCUCGCCGACUGAGCUUAAACAUCGGUCAUCUUUACUCCAACGGUUCAGAAUGCCCGACAGCUUAUAUUAAAAUCGAUGAAGAAAUCGCAGUAGGAGGAUUAACAAAUCAUGGAUUAGAAUUUGAUAAGACCUCGUAAGAUAAGAUUGGGAGAUUUCCUUAACAUCACUUACCUCCCUCUCAUCCUCCAAAACAAUUAAAUGUAAAACAAAAAAUACCAUUUAUUCAUUAUAUUGUUUAAUUUUAAAUAAUCAAGAUCGUCAUUCAAUUCUUCAUGGUAAAAUAUAUAUAUAAAUAUACAAUGAAAAUCACAGCUAUCAAAAGUCCCCCCAACACCAUCUUUUAAAUAAUCUUUUUAAAUAAAGAACAAGUUUGUAAAUCUUAUUUAUUUUGUGUGCUUUUUAUUUUAACAGAGAUUGGCACUUUACAACUAAAGUGAUAUAUAUCAAGAUUGGUUAACAAGAAAAGAAAAUGACAAUCAAGUGUAAGGUUUGAAUUUUUACUGAAUUCAUUAACGUUCCUGAACUGAUUUUGUUUUUGUUUAUUUUGGUAAACUGACCUACACUAUAUUUCUAGGACGGUAACCCCUAGAUGGUUUACCUUAUAAGUCGGUAACUCCCAAGUCAAUUACCUAUAGGUCUGAUAGGAUGGUAACCAAUCUAAUUGUAAUGCUAAAUGCUUGUAUUGCAUGUAAACAAAUAUGAAUAAAUCUGCCAACAUUUUUUCUCUUCGAGAGAAAAAAGUAAAUACA